UUCAUUUCGUACUACGUAUCUUAUGCUUUGUGGCGGUGACGACCGUUAGUGUGACGUUAGCGCUGGAAAAAAGUAUUGUUAAUUAACGAUAGGUUUUUAGUUAAUUAAUAAAAUUACAGAAAAUAUAUAAGAAAUUAUUUUCACCAUCUGGAUAUUUAGUUUCUGCUAAAUAGUUUCAUUGAAAAUACUAUCUCUGCUGAUUAGAAAGAGUCCAUAAUGGGUUUGACAGUCAGCAGUUUGCUUACACGUCUGUUUGGCAAAAAGCAGAUGCGUAUUUUGAUGGUAGGUUUGGAUGCUGCUGGAAAAACCACAAUUUUGUAUAAAUUAAAACUGGGUGAAAUCGUAACAACGAUUCCAACAAUAGGAUUUAACGUUGAAACAGUAGAAUAUAAAAAUAUUUGUUUCACGGUUUGGGAUGUUGGUGGACAAGAUAAAAUCCGACCACUUUGGAGGCAUUAUUUCCAAAAUACACAGGGUUUAAUCUACGUUGUUGAUAGCAAUGACAAAGAACGUAUUUCCGAAGCAGAACGAGAACUUGCAAAUAUGUUAAAAGAAGAUGAAUUAAGAGAUGCUGUCUUAUUAGUGUUUGCCAAUAAGCAAGAUCUUCCAAAUGCAAUGUCGGCAUCUGAAUUAACUGAUAAGUUAGGAUUAAAUUCAAUACGUGGACGAAAUUGGUAUAUCCAAAGCACCUGUGCUACUCAAGGGGAAGGAUUAUAUGAAGGACUUGAUUGGCUCAGCAAUGAACUUGCUAAAAAGUGAUAGAACUAUAAGUCGCUCAUAGCGACGCCUUCGACCAUCAAAAUUAAUGAUUUAUAUCUAUUUCUUUGCUACACACUUAAAAUAAUGAAGAAAAUAAGCGUCGCUAAAUCCGAAAAAAAAUUAAAUAUAAAUGUAUCAUUUAGAUUUUUAAGUAUCAUAAUCACCAUCAUUCUUUAUAUUGUUAGAAAACGAGAGCCAGAAAUAAAAGAAAUGAUAAAUAAUGGUGUAAUACUGUAUGAUUCUUAAAUAAACUGAAUGAGAAACUUGUAACGAAUGCUGAUGAUAAAAAAUUGAAUAAAUAAAAA